ACGUGGCAUCGCCGUGGCUGCGGUGGGACAAAUAGCCUCUUCGUUCUGAUUGGCUGAAACUCGCUAACGAGUUGGAAGCCGGAGCGCUGCGAUGGUCUUGGCAGAGGAGGGCGGUCUGCCGGUCGCCAUCUAUUCCUCGAUUGACCUCGGCCUCUACCUCCUCCUCCUCUCUGUCUUCAUGGUCUUCUCCUUCAAGCGCUGCCAGGAGGCGACCGACGACGUCCUUGCGACGAAGGCCACGCGCUGGAUGACGCACGCGGACCCGGCGCUCCUCGCCAUGCCCCUCAACCGCAUCGCGCUCGCCGGCAGCCACAACUCGGGCUCGUACGCCUCGCGCGCCCACGAGAAGUGCCACUCGGGCGACUGCGACGCCAACUUGGCCAAGUACAUUCGGCUGCCGCCCGUCUCGUUUGUCGUCAAGCGCUGGGCCAAGUGCCAGCGAGUCUCGAUCUUGCACCAGCUUUUGCAUGGCAUUCGGUACCUCGACAUUCGGCUCCAGAUCCACGAGAGAAGCAUCCACCUCUGCCACAGCCUCUGCUUCCUCGAGGCGACGAGCAUGAUCGACCAACUCGUGACCUUCCUGGCCGCGCACCCGCAAGAACUCAUUGUCGUCGACAUCAACCAUAUUUAUACACACGAUGCCGAAGGCCACACGCGGUUUCUCCACCUCUUCCUCUCGCGCGUCGGCCGCGCCCGCAUCGCGACGCCGUCAAGCCACACACCGAGCUCGACGCUCGACUCAUUCCGCAGCGCUGGCGUCCAAGUCGUGCUCAUCUACCACGAGGCCGCAUCCGCGGCGGCGGCAGACGUCUGGGGCCCCGACACGAUUGUCUCCGUGUGGCCCAACGUUCCGACGGCCCAAGAUGUGAUGGAGCACGGGAAGGGCCAGCUCCUCGACGAGAUGUCGGAUGACGAGCCUCGGCUGCGCGUGCUGCAAAUGCUUCCGACACCGUCUGGGAAGGACCUCACACGGUACACGUCCGUGCUGCGCUUCUCGAGGGCCAUGGUGCGCAUGGCGCCGAGCUGGCUGCUCUCGCUCUGCGCCGAGCACGCGCCUGCCUUGCGCCGCUGCAACAUCGUGCUCAUGGACGACGCGGUGCACGGCGGGAACGCGUUCGUCGAAGCGCUGCUCGAGCUCAACCGUAUCAAGAUCAAGACGUGGACCAUCGACGUGACGGUCACGGAUGGCAAGGCCGAGUAGCCUCUUGCGUGCAACACUUGUUCGCGUGGUAGAAGAAGGGCACGAGGAAAUACAUUGACAUGCAUGCUGCUCGCUUCACUUGCUCGACUUGCGCACAAUGUCGUCGAGGGACAUGGAGAGCUUGCUCACAGUCGGCAGCGGCUUUGCGGGCGCCUUUCCUUUCGAGGAGGCGGCGGCCUUGAAGUUGGUGGUCUUGAACGUUGUCGUGUCCUUCUUCGUGUGCUUGUAGUCGCGCUUCUUCGUGUGCAGCGCCUUGGACGGGCCAUGCGGCUG